CGCUCUCGAUCGCCUCUCGCUCUCGAUCGCCUCUCGAUCGCCUCUCGAUCGCCUCUCGAUCGCCUCUCGCUCUCUCUCUCGCCUCUCGCUCUCUCUCUCGCUCUCGAUCGCCUCUCGCUCUCGAUCGCCUCUCGCUCUCUCGAUCGCCUCUCGCUCUCUCGAUCGCCUCUCGCUCUCGAUCGCCUCUCGCUCUCGAUCGCCUCUCGCUCUCGAUCGCCUCUCGCUCGCCUCUCGCUCUCUCUCUCGAUCGCCUCUCGCUCUCUCUCUCGAUCGCCUCUCGCUCUCGCUCUCGAUCGCCUCUCGCUCUCGAUCGCCUCUCGCUCUCUCUCUCGAUCGCCUCUCGCUCUCGAUCGCCUCUCGCUCUCUCUCUCGAUCGCCUCUCGCUCUCGCUCUCGAUCGCGUCUCGCUCUCUCUCUCGAUCGCGUCUCUUAUGUUCUUCUGUGGCACUUCCCAAUCAGGUCACUACACAGAGAAAUAACUUCAUCUCUUAUUCUCUGAGGACUUGGCAGAUAAUGGCCCCUGGCCAAAAUGCUUGCACAGAUAUUGAUGUUUUGUUUCUCUCCAUCCUACCCCCCCCCCCCUCUCUCUCUCUCGAUACUCCCACCACCCCCCCUUCUCGCUCUCUCGCUCUUUCUCUCAGACACGUUACCGUCCGACCCUCUCCAGUGUCAUUAUGACUCAUGGUUGUCUCUGGUGGACCACCUCAACAUCAAGGCAUUUGUUAACCUCACCCUGGCUGACUCGGUACGGCACGGAGUCCAACAUCUACUCUUCAUCUCUGGCCUAGGUGGGAUGAGGCCCAACACCUUGGUCCUGGGUUUCUAUGAUGACUGCACUCCCAAAGACAAACUCACUGACCCCGUCCUCGCAGAUGCCCCCGUCCUCACUCAGGACCCCGAGGACGAACGCCCGCCCUACCACUUCCCCGCCCUGCGUUCUUCCAAUGAUGGUAUGGGGGAAAACAGAAAAGUCAUGGGACCCCAAGAAUACGUGGCAGUGAUCGCAGACGCCAUGAAGAUGUUGAAGAACGUAGCGCUAGCCCGCUACUUCCACCAGUUCGACCGGGCCUCGACCAUCUCCUCGUCCCCAGGGAAGGGUGCUUUGUACGUGGACGUGUGGCCAGUCAACCUGCUGAGACCAGACAGCUCCAGCUACGUAGACACCUGCUCCCUCUUCCUGCUCCAGCUUGCCUGCGUCCUCAACAUGGUCCGCGCAUGGCGCCAUGCUAGACUCCGCCUUUUUCUAUGUGUGGAGGAAGGGCGGAGCCUGCGAGGCUCUGAGGAAAAGCUGGGUCAGCUGCUGAAGGAACUGAGGAUCAAAGCCAACGUGUACACUGUGCCCUGGGACCAGCAGGUGGCACUACACUGGCAGAGGCAGGGUGAGGUGGGCAAGAGGAGGCCCACCCGCCAGUCACAGAGAGAGGAGGAGGGACUGGGGAAGAGGGGGUUGUUUGAGGAGAAGGAAGGAGGCGACGGCAACUAUGUGAAUAGCUUCCUUAGCAAUGCCACAAGGCUGUCGGAUGAGUAUCUGUCGGCGGUUAAUAGGUUGAUCCUGGAGCAGGCCUGCCCCCCUCCGGCCGUGCGUUUCCUGUAUUUGCCCCACCCCCCGGCUGACACGCAGCACUACACGGCCUACCUGCGCCAGCUAGACCUGCUCACCAAGGACCUGGGUCCUACCCUGCUCAUACACGGGGUUACACCUGUCCUCACCACUGACCUCUAACACCUGAACUCUCAUCAACUGACCCCUGAUUAAACCCUCAUCCCCUUACCAAAUUGCUGCAGGUAGAAGUGCUACUUAGACAAAGCUCAAGGAUCCACUUACCUUCCCCAAAGCUGUACUAAUAUACAAUAUAUAUACAAAAGUAUGUGGACACCCCUUCAAAUAAGAGGAUUUUGCUAUUUCAGCCAUGCCCGUUGUUGACAUGUGUAUAAAAUUGAGCACACAGCCAUGCAAUCUCCAUACACAAACAUAGGCAGUAGAAUGGCCCGUACUGAAGAGAUCAGUGACUUUCAACGUGGCACUGUCAUAAGAUGCCACCUUUCCAUCAAGUCAGUUCGUCAAAUUUCUGCAUUUCCCCAGUCAACUGUAAGUGCUGUUAUUGUGAAGUGGAAACGUCUAGGAGCAACAACGGCUCAGCCGUGAAGUGGUAGGCCACACAAGCUCACAAAACGGGACCGCCGAGUGCUGAAGUGCUUAGCGCCUAAAAAUCGUCUGUUCUCGGUUGCAACACUCACUACCGAAUUCCAAAUUGCCUCUGGAAGCAAUGUCAGCACAAUAACUGUUCAUUGGGAGCUUCAUGAAAUGGGUUUCCAUGGCUGAGCAGACGCACACAAGCCUAAGAUCACCAUGCACAAUGCCAAGCGUCAGCUGGAGUGGUGUAAAGCUCGCCGCCAUUAGAGGGAUGAAUUACGCUUCACCGUCUGGCAGUCCGACGGACGAAUCUGGGUUUUGCGGAUGCCAGGAGAACGCUACCUGCCCGAAUGCAGAGUGCUAACUGUAAAGUUUGGUGGAGGAGAAAUAAUGGUCUGGGGCUGUUUUUCAUAGUUCGGGCUAGGAAAUCUUAACACUACAGCAUACAAUGACAUUCUUGACAAUUCUGUGCUUCCAACUUUGAGGCAACAGUUUGGGAAAGGCACUUUCCUGUUUCAGCAUGACAAUGCCCCAGUGCACAAAGUGAGGUCCAUACAGAAAUGGUUUGAUGAGAUCAGUGUGGAAGAACUAGACAGGCCUGCACAGAGCCCUGACCUCAACCCCACCUUUGGGAUGAAUUGGAACGCCGACUGCGAGCCAGGCCUAAUCUCCCAACAUCACUAAUUCUCUUGUGGCUGAAUGGAAGCAAGUUCCCGCAGCAAUGUUCCAACAUCUAGUGGAAAGUCUUCCCAGAAGAAUGGAGGCUGUUAUAGCAGGCUCCACUCUAAUAUUAAUGCCCAUGAUUUUGGAAUGAGAUGUUCGACAAGCAGAUGUCCACAUACUUUUGGCAAUCUAGUGUAUUUCCUCCGUUCCCCUAUCCUCCUUAUGAAUGUGGAAGGGUUGCACUGGCCAAAAUGUACAUAAUAAUGCUGCAAGGGGACUGAAGUCUGACACUGCCAAGUCAUUGGAGCUCAGUAAAAGGUUUUCUUUUCUGAAAUCACAAUUUUUGUCUUUAAUACAAAAUCAGAAACAUGUGACCUUAAGUUUACAGUUCAAAUAUGAAAAUACAGCAAUCUGUUUAAUGGGACUAUUAUGGAUCUAUUUAUAACAAGAAAAAUACUUAAAUUAUGUUUAAAGAAAUUAUAUAUUUUUCCUUUUAGAAAUAUUUGCCUUUGUACUGUUAUGGGUGUGGGUUACUGACUGAACCAAUCAGAAUGCCUAAGUGCCCUUGUGUCCCUGGGUGUAGCAGACUAUACAUUCUGGCCAGUAGUUUCCUUCACCAGGACAAACUCCUGUACCAACUCUAGUCCGCUCCUCUACAUGGAAUCCCAUGGAUGUUUACUGAAGGGAUAUCUAUUCUAUAUAGAUCUAUCUCAUCUCCAUGGAGCCCUUCUAUUGGACACUACACUCCUAUGCAAAGAAUGCUGGGGUAUGACCGGUACUAUACAGCUCAAUUACUUUUUGCUGGAACACGCACAUUUUAAAAGCACCAUCCAAAUCAUCAUGUUUUAAAGUGUGGGUAUAUUGUAAUUAAAUAAAGAAGCUGCUCUGUA